GUCAAAACUUGUAUGGAUAAGAAUUUGGAUAAAUAGUAGGCUUCAUAGUUUCUCCUUGUUCACACCAUACAAAAUACAAGGAUAGUUCUAGAGAACGAUAAUCGUUUUACAGUCAAAGAUUAAACGGGUUUUUAAUACAUUUGUAUAUAAAGAGCUCUCAGCUAGUGAAUAUUAACCAUACAACAAAAAGUCAUGGCUUCUUCUUACACACUUAUGCUCUUCCUUUGCCUCUCCAUCUUCCUUAUAGCUUCCACUGAGAUGAUGGCGGUGGAAGGAAGAAUUUGCGAGAGGAGAAGCAAGACAUGGACAGGGUUUUGUGGCAACACUCGUGGCUGUGACAGUCAGUGUAAGAGAUGGGAACGUGCUUCACACGGGGCUUGUCACGCUCAGUUCCCGGGUUUCGCAUGUUUCUGCUACUUCAAUUGCUGAAGCAAGCAUACUCUUAAGAGUUGUGUGAAUCUUCUUCAACGGUCACUUUUAUAUCUUGUAGCAAAUCCUAAUCCCUAUAUGUCAAAACCGUUAUCUUUAGCUUGGGUUUCAGUAAUAAAAAUUCCCCUUUGGUUUUUGGGAAUUUUCUUUGAUAAAAUAUAUAAUAAGAGACUGGCAAGGCUAUCUUCUUC